AGUUUUGACCAAAAACGCUUAGAUAGCGGUGUCUACGACUGGGUUUUGGGUUUGAAACACAUGAGCAAAGACGGGGUUAGUUACCAUAGUUUUUGACGACAGUUUAUUUUGUUUAGCUUUGUCGCAUAUUUCUGUGAAUUCCAAAUGGAUGUGGAAACAGGGAGUUGCAAAUGUCAGCUCUUGGAUUUACCUUGGGAGGAUGUGCUUGUUACCCACAUUUUCUGCCACCUGCCAUUACGCCACCUGGUGCGGCUACAGAGAGUGAGCAAGCAGUUUUAUGCGCUCAUCCAAGUGUACCUGGCCAACUGCCGUACCUUUGACCUCACACAGAUAGGCCCUAGCCUUCCCAAGGAGGCCUUCUGCAACAUGCUACGGGAUAACAAAGUGAUCCAGAACUUGUCCGUCCAGAACUGCUCUGACUGGGUGACGGACAAGGAGCUGCUGCCAGUGAUCGGCCAGAACCAGCACCUGCAGCGGAUGGACAUGAGGGGGUGCGUUCGGCUGACCCGGCACUCCUUGGUGGCCGUGUCGCUGAGCUGUGCACGCCUCCAGCACCUGGGUCUGGCGCACUGUGAGUGGGUGGACAGCCUGUCCCUGCGCAGCCUGGCCGACCACUGCGCGGGCCUCCGGUCCGUUGACCUGACCGCGUGCCGCCAGCUGAAGGACGAGGCCAUCUGCUACCUGGCCAGGAAGUGUCUGAAGAUGAGGUCGCUGUCCGUGGCCGUCAACGCCAACAUCACUGAUGCGUCCGUGGAAGAGGUGGCCAAGAACUGCCGGGAGCUGGAACAGCUGGACCUGACGGGGUGCCUGAGGGUCCGGAACGACUCUAUCAGGACUGUGGCGGAGUACUGCCCGAAGCUGCACUCCCUGAAGGUGAACCACUGUCACAACGUGACCGAGUCCAGUCUGGACGCCCUGCGGAAGCGCGGCGUCGACAUCGACGUGGAUCCCCCGUUACACCGGGCCCUGGUGCUGCUGCAGGACGUGGUGGGAUUUGCUCCCUUCAUCAAUCUUCAAAUCUAGGCUUGGGGACAUCUGCAGUUUUCCAUCCAGCCAACUUGAAACAGGUUUUCCCUGACUAUUAGAAUGGCCUUUUUCAGUUGUGCUGGGACAUCAAUUAAGCAAUGCAAGGACAAGCAGCAACCGAUGUAUAUGAUAAACAUAUAUUGUGUAACGUCUAAUUUAUUACAGUGUCGGAUCUCUGUAUUAUUCUGGGGAGACAAUUGUGUAUCUUUAAUUUGUUGAUUAUAAUUAUGCACUUGUGAAAAGACUGAAGGAUCCAUGCACUUUUCCAUAAUGCUGUCAUGAAUCGCAUAGAUUCCUGCAGUAUUUCUUUACAUCUUAUCUCGCACUUAUACAAAGGUAAUAUACAAUGUUGUGGUGAAGUGAGUUGUAAGAAGGGCAAAUUCAACCAAAACAGAAUACAUUGUUUUUUUCCAUCAUAUAACAUGUUUUUGUAUGUUAUUUUGUUUGCAUACUAUUACUCUGUUGUUUGUAUUUCACCUCUUAAUGUGUCAUUACAAAUAAAGCAUUUCAAAAUGUGUAGGUUUUAGGAAAACAUUUAGCAGGGUUUGUUUGCAUUUGCCUUUGACUAACUGUAGCUAUUAUGUUCUUACAUUAUUUUAUGGUACCUCAUCUGAUCAUGUUUUUCCUGUCCAGCCAAUGUUAAAAAGUCUGGAUACCAUCUUUAUAUAUGUUGUUAUAUCUUUAUAUAUGUCGUCCUUUUGCCUGUUUACCUUUGCACAUCUAGUUUUCUAUUACAAAGUCUGGAAACAUACAGGCCUAAUUGUAAAAAACUGAAUUAGUUUAAUAAUUAUCUUUCAUUAUCUUUCUCAUAUAGUAGGUUAUGAGGGAGCAACACAAACAUUUGUCAAAUUAUAUUUGUUAUAAAUUUACUGUGAUUUUAGUUGUUUCUAAACUAUCACAUUUUACAAUCAGAGUUUUACAUCUUGGAGGAACAAUGCAAACGUUAUUCCGUGUAAAUGUGAUUGGCUGAACGCACACACUGUUUUGUAUUUACUGAGGGAUUAUAUUAGCAUUUAUUUUACUGUAAUUGGAGGAGCAUACAAAAAUGGCACCUUAAAGAAAAUAAAUUCUGCUAUUCUGCAGCCUAACAUGA